AUGAAAAAUGCGAUACCAGUAGUCGAUUGUCCCGGAAGUGUAUGCAUUAAAGCCGUAAUUACGGAACCACCAGCAAAAAGAGAAGUUUGUGUGCAAGGAGCUGCCAUCGUUCGUGAUUGCUGGAGUCGAGUCGUUGCCGCCACGGGUGAACUUGCACUGGAUCCGAAACCAAGAAAAGAUAUGGUCAAGCUGAGUGAAGACGAGAAGGCCGAUCGCGUUUUGGGUAUAAUUUACACAUGCCAUGGAUUCCUGUGCAAUUCUUCUAUACAAUUACAUCUCGUGCCAGUAAUAGUCUUGACGUUACUGAACUAUAUUUUACACCUCCUGUGA